CAGGCACCGCUCCUCCCUCCCGCUCCGGGAGCCCCCGGCGGGGUGACAGCCCCGCCGCGCCGAGCCGAGCCGAGCCGUGCCCAGCCGAGCCGCCCCGGCCGGGGCUGCGGAGGCAGCGCUCUCUCCCGCGUCGGCCCCAUCGCUGCCGGGACGAAGAGAGGCGGGAGCCGCCACCCCCGCGCCCGCCAUGUGGAAGCUCAACAAGAGCAGCAAAGUUCUGCUGGACGACUCGCCCGAGGAGGAGGAGACGCGUCCCCGCGGCCCGCCGCCCGCCGCCUGCGCCACCGCCGCCUUCGCGGCCCCCCAGGUUCAAGGUGCAAGUUUCCGGGGUUGGAAGGAAGUGACGUCCAUGUUCAAUAAAGAUGAUGAACAGCAAUUGUUAGCAGGAUGCAAGUCUCCAAAAUCCAAAGGAACAAACCUCAAGUUAAAGGAAGAGAUGAAGUCUGAAAAGAAGCCAGGUUUUUGGGACAGUUUGGUGAUAAAGCAGAACAUCCAGUCUAGGAAACCAGACGAGAUGGAGGGAUGGGAACCACCGCAGGUUACUGCCGCUGACUCUCCCAGUGAUGCAGCCACUGCUUUAAGUGACUAUACAGCCUGGUCAGGCUGGGAAGAUGAAACCAAAGGCUCCACAAAAUACACAAACCUGGCAAGCUCAGGAAACAGUUCCAGGUGGAGUAUCAAAUCAGCUGGAAAGCUGGUUAGUAUCAGACGUCAAAGCAAAGGUAACCUUACUGACAACUGGGAAGAACUAGAAUGAUUCUGCUAAUGUGAAAUGCUUUAUAGAUAAGAAGAGAAAGGUUCCAUGAUUUAUUCGUAUGUUUAAACCAAAAUCAAAUUGCUCAAUAUUGCACCUUUAUACAGUACUUUGUUUUAUUCAGAUUGUUAAAAAUUUUUGCUCACCUGAUAGUACAUUUUCUUAUUACAUUGUUAAAUAGCUAUGUUUUCCACACAGAAGAAAAAGUAGAGAAUCUAUUUUGUGCCUAUAUUUCACAUUCAGACUCUGCAGUAUGUUGGGUUGUUGGUUUUACCAAAAAAUGUAAUUCCUUAGUGAAUGUAUACACUGGUUGUAAAGUUGUCUGCCUUAUGUAGGAACUUCCACUAGGCUUGAGGUCCUGUUUCCUGGUAUGUGAGGGUCACUCAAAAUCUUAGUUUUGAUGCUGACCCUUUUUAAUUAAGAAUACUGAUCUGUUGCUUGCAGGGAGAAUGCCUGUACUUGGUAGACUGUUUUCCAAAAAUUCAGCCUCAGCAUAUGCUUCAGCUUGUGCACACAAGAUGCUCAACUGUCACAACGUGCUAUACUGUGUAAGAAACGGGAAAAUACUAUGGUAAUGUGAUUCUUUCCAUCACAGGAACUUCACCAAUAGUCAGGUCAAAUGGGUCUUCCAGAGUUUGUUUGGUUGGUUGGUUUUUUUAUAUGGAGUGUUGUUUGACAAAGCUAAGCUGCUCAGUUUUUAAGGUGCAUGUUAUGCGAACAAUAAAAAUGAUUGACAAUUUGGAAAGCAGCAGUGAGUAGAGAACAAGAUCAUCUGGAUAUUCAGUAUCUGUAGUCCUGAAUCUUAUUCCUCUAAGUUGCUUCUUAUGGAAGGGCAUAUGUUUUAUUUUCACAAUAGCUGAUCCUUGUUCUACAGCUGCUUUGUGUUGUAUGUGGUGUUCCUCCUGCCCCUGCCCUGCAAGCAGCGAUUGAAUUAUACUCUGGCAUUUUCAGGAUAACUGAGUAAUUGAGCCAUUGCAGGUAUGUGCAUGCACACAACUUCUGAAGAAUUUUUGUUAUAAAGCUCCGUCUUGUUAGCUACUGAUAUUUUAAUUUUUGGUAAAAGAAGGUGAACUGUUAAAGUUGAGAUUUGAAAUGUAUGUAAGAACACUAAAAGUGCCUCUUUCUAACAUAUUGUCUCUCAUUAGCAUUGUGGCCUAUGUCAGAUUCAAAGUUGGUUUCUAUUUUGUUUAUACGACCUAUAUAAAUACUACUUUAACAUUCAUGGAAAAAAAUCAAACCAAAAGUUUCAUAAAAAAGACAAUUUCUCUGCUGAUUGCUAAACUGGUAGAACAGAACUGCAAACCCGGUGACUGCCCAGCAAUAUGGCCAGUACACUCAGAAGAUCAAGUCAGCAUUUCAGAGAAAGUCAGUGUUUUUACAAGAAAGCAUUUACCUUUGUAUAAUGGACAUCUUGUAAACAUAUUCUUGCAGGAAGCUUGUGCUGACCAAAAGGGAUGCAUGCGAUUUUCUUCUAAGCUUGAACCUUGUUUCUGUUCCUGGCACUCUGCUCCUUCCUUAGCUCUCUCUUUCUCCUCUCUCGUCCAAUACAUGUGUAGUUUUCCAGCCUACAGUUCCUGCAUUGCUAUUUUUCAGAGGUUCCUGUUGAGAUGUGCCUGGAGGGAAACUGUAGCAAAAUGGUUUGGGUUUUGUUUAUUUUUCCUGUUUUAAUAGGAUGUUAAAAGACAUUGGUCUUAAAUUUAUGUAAAAGAACAUCAGCGUUUUGUGCUACAAAACAGGAUCUUGUAACUGGCAAAUGUAUUUGUAAAAUUUAUAUGUUUAAAAAUACUAAUAGAGGAGAAAGUGUUAGCAGUUGCAUUGCAUCAUUUAGUCUGUGAGUAAACUCUGUAUUUGCCUUUGGCAAGUACAUCUGCUGAGGUUAAUUAUAGGAAAGAAUAAGUAUUCUUGGGUAAAGUAUGCUGCAUUUUAUAGUUUAGGGAAUACCCUCUGAGGCAUGAGCUAGUAUUGAGUUUGGUUGUUGGUGCAGACCUUAAAGAAUGGAAAAAGAUCUGCUGGCAGCCCUCAGUAUUUUUCUCUCAAAGAUGGGCUGAGAACUUCUAAUUUAAUUUCCCUCCUGAAGAAACUGUUUAUACUGUGACCAGUAAAGGUUUUGCCUUGCACAUUAUACUGUCAAGUGCCUGUUUCUCACCUUGAUGAUGUGUUUCAUGCACAGCUUAACUGCAGCAUCUUUCAAUUCAUUUCUAAAUGUAUGAUAACGAAUGUGCUCACAACAAAAUUGCAUCCGAGUGGGAAAUUGAGAUAUGUAAACUAAGGUUUAACUCCUAGUGAUGAAAGUUUUGAUGUGCUUUUUAAAUGGUAUUCCUCAGAAAUAACUGUUGUAAGGAUGACCAUUAUUAAAUUUAAUAUAAUUUAUUGUUAUGCUUUAAUAAUGUAUUUGUCUUUCGAGAACUCACUGGUGUGAGCUUUUCUUCUCUUAUGUUUAUAAACUUGUCUGAAUUUUCAGAACGGGGUCUUCUUUACUUUCUUUAGUUGAUUAACUACAUUAUACAUUCAUGGGUUUAAGCUAUACACAGCUCCAUAUGUGGAAUAAGUGUAGAAUAUGUCCCUUAAUAUUUGUUUUGAAAUCGCAUUUCAAUCUAUGUGAAAUGGUUUAGAAGAAGGUAGCAUUAAGAUUGUAUGAUAAGAUUGCACAAAAUAAAAUAUAGUUUAUAUUGCUUUCUCGUAGCCAAUCUGCAUGAUUGUUGGCGUGGUUUUAACGGGAAUUGAAUUAAAAGCUUCAUGUGGCUGUAACUAGUCACUCAACUCUAAGCAAAGUUCUUUCUGAGUAUUUUUAUUUAUUAGCAUCAUUUGCAAAAAGAAAAAUAGUAUUUUCCAUAUGAAUAAAGAUUUAGUUUAAACUGAAA